AUGGAUUGCAGUGUUAGACACAAGAGUUUUUAUGGUGUGGCUCACAAAAAAUAUCUCGAAACUGAUAACAACUUCUUGAGGACAAUCUUUUCAAAGCCCUACGUUUUGGACCCAAGAACUAUCUCCAACACAGCAAGAAAUGUUUGUUAUGGCAAAACUCGAAAAGAAAAUGCGUUGUUGCUACGGAAAAUAGACGCGAUCAAAGACGAAUUGAGACGUAAUUUGAAAAAAUACCGAGAAGAGAAAAGUAACCUCGAACAAGUUGUUUUUCACCUAAGCUGCCAAAGAGAAGGUAUGUCAAAGAAGGUUAUUGUAAAUACAUCGAGAGGUCAACGCCAGGAAACGUAUUCGUAGAUCUUUUUCAAUUAUCGAUCUUUUAACCUCUUUGAUAUGCUGUGAUCUCAGGCAUUUUUCGCACUUUGCAAUACUCGUUUAUAACCAACGAUGCAACAAUUGUUAAAAUGUGAGACAGGGAAGACGUUCAGCAAGACUGCACACCUUAGAAUAUAUUCACUUAUGGUAACCACCUGUUAGGAAGUGCGUCAAUAAAACGAGAGUUGCAUACGCACAGGUUAAAAAUAUACUCUGCAGAUUUCUUCCUCCCAAAACAUGCUCCUAAAAAAGCAGCAACAUGCAAUAACAACAGCAAGGAAGAGAUCGGAUUGCAAUUUCGCACUGAGUUGCGAGAAAUGUAGCCGAACUUUCUUUCAAUGUUAAAGCCAGAGUAAAAAGCCAGCGUCGAACACAGCCUAGGCAAAAAAAUAUAAAUGUCUUUUCUGCACUGGGCCCAGUUGUUCGAACGCCGGUUUGUGCUAAACCAGGGUUAAAUUUUAACCAGGGCUUCUUUUUCUUUUCAUCAAAAGCACUCUCUCAGAUGAUUUCCUAUAUUUUUUUUAGAGUCAUUCAGUCCAAUCAUCAAAUUAUAGGUAAAGAGAAUUAAACUGAAUUUGCUUUUAUGCUCUCAUAUCUGAGUUCAAAUUCACACUAACCCUGGGUUAUCUUCACCCACCUUCGAACAACCCGGCCCUGGUCUCCUCUCUUUAUUUUCUGUUGAUCGGCUACCAAAAGGAAAAGUGGAUAUGUUUUGCCCCAUGUUAGGGAUUCUGAAUUCCGGAAUCCAGGAAAUUUUUGCUCGUGGAAUCCGGAAUACAAAUCAAGGACUCCGGAAUCCCACUAACGAUUCGAAUCCGGGAUCCAAGUUCCACUGACAAAGAAUCCUGAAUCCAGUACCUGAAUUACGGAAUCCACAGAGUGGAAUCUAGAAUCCAAUACUGUCUUGGAUUCCCUUACAUGGGGAUAUAUCAGUGGCGGAUCCAGGGGAGGGACCCGGGGGCCCGGUCCCUCUACCUUAUUUUUAGACCAAACUGAGGCCCGAAGGGCCGAAAAAAGUUUUUUAGGAGACCGGGCCCUCCUCCUUAUCUAAGGGUCUGGAUGACCACCCACCCCCUCCCCCCUUAUCUCAAGGUCUGGAACCGGCGCUGUAUAUGUUCCUGAACAGCGUCUUGUUGUAUUUUUAACCUUUUCCUUUGAUUCGCAGGUUUAACACCGUUAGGAAGUCUUAUUUCUGGAGAUACACACCAUCAGCUAGCUUCUUCACGAGGAAUGCAAGCUAAGAGUGACUGUCGGCAAAUCAAAAGCAUUCGUCGUCCUCUUGCUCCGGAGAACACUCGGGAUCACGGAACUAGACCUUCUACUCAAUCUAGUCUCCAGUCUUUGCGGGGAAUGACUAUCCCGCGUGAGGUAAAACGUGAGAUCUUAAGGCGGCAGUCCAUGCGCUCAAAGGAAAAACAGCAGCAGCAACUACAAGGCGAUAAGCAACGAGAAAUGCAGUUGGAGGAUACUGUGGGAGUGUAUACCAGGAUAAAUAUCUUAAAGGGUAGUUUGAGCUACAAGGGAAAGCCUACGAACAGGUAUCUUUGUUUGUGACUUUAAUUUAUUGGCUGAUUUGAGGUUGUCCUUGAGACUGCGCGCGUAGUUGUUGUGUGAUGGAGUCGUUUUGGGCAUAGUAUCCCUUAUGUUAUUGGCAAUUAUAAGGUUUCAUGGGAGACUGGGGCCAAAUUCGUCACCCAAAACAAUCUCUCAACGUCACCAAUACAAUGAGUUAAGGGGGCAUAUUUUGUAGCCACAUUAGACCAUAGUCACUAUGGCAAAUCACAGAAAUCGAGGAAAAUAGUAUCAACCAACCGAGUCAAAUACACCAGGGGACGAAAGGAUGCGGUAAGAUUUGACUGAAGAUAUGCCAGAUGAGUCAGCCAACUGCUGAAACAAGGCAAGGCAAUGCAAAACCAAAGCAACUAUGAAAUUGCUCACGAAUUUCACUAAAUAUCAAAACUGAUCUGAUUUUUAUCAGACGUUUUAAUCAGUCGUGAGUAAACUGCUUUAGGUUUGGGAUGAAUUUCACGGCAGUUUUCCCCUUAGGAGCAUCGCAUAAACCCCUAAACAACCCACACUUAAUUUAGUCCCAGAUAUAUGCGCUCGCUCAGGUUCUUCUGGCUGGAGUCUUUGUUUCAAGUAUAUAAAACGGAACAUUUAAAUUUCCAUUUAGCUCUAAAUCGCAAAUUUCUACCCCAACAGAAAUAGAUAAAACUAAUUUCUGUUUUUUUGAAAUUAUACAGUCCUCUCAUGAUUCAGUAGUAAAAAUAUGGUUUCUACGGAAAAUAGAAGCUCUGGUGAACUUUAAUUAACUGCUUUUGAUUCAACUUCAGUUUUUAUGACUUUCCAUUAUUUAAUUUACAGUUUUGAGGAAGGAGGUAAAAUGGUCAACGCGCAUACACCAUCAUCAAUGUCCCAAACUUGCAAAAACCAGUUUACCUCGCCUACCAGUGAUUCAAUGAGUAUGUCAUUCCAAAGAUCCUCUGUUUUGAGCACGAAAGAUAGAAAUGAAUAUCGAAAAGAUUUCCGUCAUGUAAGGAAUCAGGAGGUCUUUCCCUCGCAAAAACCUAUAGCAAGAAAAGGCUCAAGCGCUGUUACGAGGAGAAGAAAUAUCCAGGGAGCAUUUGUGGGCCCCAAAGGGAACAAUGCAACACUGCAUGAUAGAUAUUGUACUAGUUGCUCAGGAGAAAGUCUGAAGAAAGGAGAACUAGAAGUACUUUCGGACUACGAGGUGGUCGCUUACCACGAUCUGGAAGAAGAUAAAAAAGUUGCCCUAGGGAAGACCUCUCAGGGCUUUACUACUGUGGAGAAAAAAUUUGAUGAAUCAAAGUGUGACAAAAAAAAUAAGUCUGAAAUUGCAAAAAAAGAAUUUGAGACAAAAGGCUCCUCGUCGGGAGUAUUGGGGACUGGUGACAAAAAAAGAAAUUUUAUUCAAGCAGUAACGAACAGAGUGAUUCUUCCGAUCCGGUUACAGAAACAAACCAGUCGUUUGAAUAAAAGAGGCGAUUUGGUGGUCCACCGUGAGCGUAGUUUUACAGUUGGCGAAGACGUACUAAAAGAAGAGAAAUUCAUGGAGAAAAAUGAAGAAAAUGGUGUCUAUAAAACAGAAAAGGUGACUCCUUUGAGCGCUGGUAAGUUGCAAAAGUUGAUCAGAGAAAAAGUUCUCAGCCAAUCACAAGCUAAAAGCACGAAAGCCAAUCCCAAGACAGUGGUGCUGGCUGACUACGUGCGUACACUCCAAAUGCACAUGGGAAUCACAGACAGUGUCGUCCCAGAAAGUAAAUCACCUGACUUUAGUGCAACUCCAUUUAUAGCAACAGCAAGAAAGUUUGGAAGUGAAGAUGGCAAGGAAGAUCCUCCAACAGCGAUGCAAAGGCGGUUAGAAAUGCUGCAGGAGCAACUGGUUCGACUACCAUCGACGUUUACUUUGUUAGACGGAGACUUGGUGGAAGAUUGACACUUUGUUCACGCAGUUAUUUUUCGAAAACUAUCUCUUUCGGAAGUAGAUUUGUACUAUGCAGGGAACAUAUAGUGACACAGAAUUGAUUAUUUAAGAAACAUUAUUUUGUAAUUUUGUUGUAUAAAUUCAUUUUGCAAGUAUCUGCACUUUCUUUCUUUUAUAUUCUUAUAUGCAAUUUUAACUUAUGAAAACUUUCGUUGAUAUCAACACUGUCGAAGGAGUAUGUCCUCUCUAAAUAUUGGUAACUAAUAAUAGUAAUAGCGCCUCCUUGAAGAUACCUAAGUCACCUGAUGGGCAAGCCUACUGGGAUUUGCCGGUUUACGCUGACCAUACCUGUGUCAAGGAUAACGGAGUGGAUGCACGGUUUUGCGGAUCAUAAGGGAAAGAAAGUUUGGGCAGUGUACGUAGCUGAGGAGGCAAUACCCAGGUUAUAGAUAACAUUGAGCAAUGUAAUAUUGUCAUUGAUAAGCUAGGAGGGUGGUCAAAGGACCUUGAGCUGACUAUGAAGAAGCUCGUUGAUGCAAGGGCAAAGGAUGUUAUGCGAAGAAUACAGACAGCCACAAUCUCGUGCUCGUUAAACAUAUAGAGCACGUACUUUCAAAGCAACUGUUUUUUAAUUGUCGGAAAGGACGUAUUAGGGCCGUGUUUCGAUGAGGUCGCAGAAGUGACGUUUUAAGUGCUUUUUUCAGGACUAGUCUAGAUUCGAAAAGAAUUUUUUUCUCAUUUACAGAUAUUCAUUUACGUUAUUCAUUACAUAUUCAGUUACAUUUUAUUCUCUUCACUUGUAUCUUUUUGUAUUGUUAUUAUUCAUUAUUAUGGUUAUAAUAAUUAUUAUUAUCAUUAUUAAUUUUUUAAAUUUUGCCAUUGUAUUGUUCCAUUUCGGGAUUCCAUAACAAAGUUCGUUUUCUAUAGUAAUUUAGUUCCUUUUAAGGUCACGUAGGCUACGCUGUGCGCCCUACGUGGUUAACAGUUCUCAUUCUUAGACUAUACUGUAUCAUAACCAACUCAUUAACUUACUGCUUUUGUUAUCUUUUUUUGAAUUAUUGUUAUUUAUGAACAUGAAAAAUGCUGACAAGUGAACAAUCAGAAUUUAGGUACAUCCAAGACUGAAUUUACUUAUGCUAUGAUAUUGUGUCCAUAGCGGAGAGGUGUUUUUCUCAAGAGAUGUCAAUUUCAAAUAUACUUACAUUUAAUUUACCUUAGGUCACCUCAAAUCGCCUAAAGUCGUCUAAGAUCACAUUAAAUCGCUUAAAGUCGCGUUAGAUCGCCUAACAUUUUGAGCAAAUUUUAGUAAAGUCGCCUUAAAUCGCCUUAGCUUACGGCGACUUAAGGUCCCAUGCUGCCGCUUUUUUUCAGCCUCCUUCAAAUCCCCAAAACAUGUCAGUCUUUAAAAACAGUGUUCUCGUUUGGCUGCGGAUCGUCACGGAUCAGGAUGAUAAAUUACACUAUUUUUAUUUCUUGGCUCCGACUGAUUCCCGUUUCAUCUUGCACAGCUCUAGAUAUGGUUCAAAGAUAAAAUUUUCCGUAUGAAACGGUCAUCUUAAGUUUAAUAACGUACUUUCCACCAACUCUGGUGUAUCGUAUCAUUGAUAUUUCCGCGAACCAGCUCUAGUGAUUUGAUUUCCUUUAGAAUUCAUAACAAAGUUGCAAAAUGAUUGUUUUACAUUACAACCGCGUCAACUUUGUAGUGCUGACUGUAGCGUCGACAUAGCUUUUACGUCAAUGGUAGGUAACAUGUUGGCUCGGGAAUCUUAAUUGGUAACAUUUUUCAAACUUAAGAAUGACAUCAUAUUUAAGAAUGUACUAAGAAUGAGGGGGGAAAUGUUGGCUUGUGCGACUAUAGUUUGUAAGAGUAAGAAAAAUAAUACUGCAUAAAUUUUACCUAGAAAACUUUUAAAUAUUUUUAGCUUCUUCACGAGGAAUGCAAGCUAAGAGUGACUGUCGGCAAAUCAAAAGCAUUCGUCGUCCUCUUGCUCCGGAGAACACUCGGGAUCACGGAACUAGACCUUCUACUCAAUCUAGUCUCCAGUCUUUGCGGGGAAUGACUAUCCCGCGUGAGGUAAAACGUGAGAUCUUAAGGCGGCAGUCCAUGCGCUCAAAGGAAAAACAGCAGCAGCAACUACAAGGCGAUAAGCAACGAGAAAUGCAGUUGGAGGAUACUGUGGGAGUGUAUACCAGGAUAAAUAUGUUAAAGGGUAGUUUGAGCUACAAGGGAAAGCCUACGAACAGGUACCUUUGUUUGUGACUUUAAUUUAUUGGCUGAUUUGAGGUUGUCCUUGAGACUGCGCGCGUAGUUGUUGUGUGAUGGAGUCGUUUUGGGCAUAGUAUCCCUUAUGUUAUUGGCAAUUAUAAGGUUUCAUGGGAGACUGGGGCCAAAUUCGUCACCCAAAACAAUCUCUCAACGUCACCAAUACAAUGAGUUAAGGGGGCAUAUUUUGUAGCCACAUUAGACCAUAGUCACUAUGGCAAAUCACAGAAAUCGAGGAAAAUAGUAUCAACCAACCGAGUCAAAUACACCAGGGGACGAAAGGAUGCGGUAAGAUUUGACUGAAGAUAUGCCAGAUGAGUCAGCCAACUGCUGAAACAAGGCAAGGCAAUGCAAAACCAAAGCAACUAUGAAAUUGCUCACGAAUUUCACUAAAUAUCAAAACUGAUCUGAUUUUUAUCAGACGUUUUAAUCAGUCGUGAGUAAACUGCUUUAGGUUUGGGAUGAAUUUCACGGCAGUUUUCCCCUUAGGAGCAUCGCAUAAACCCCUAAACAACCCACACUUAAUUUAGUCCCAGAUAUAUGCGCUCGCUCAGGUUCUUCUGGCUGGAGUCUUUGUUUCAAGUAUAUAAAACGGAACAUUUAAAUUUCCAUUUAGCUCUAAAUCGCAAAUUUCUACCCCAACAGAAAUAGAUAAAACUAAUUUCUGUUUUUUUGAAAUUAUACAGUCCUCUCAUGAUUCAGUAGUAAAAAUAUGGUUUCUACGGAAAAUAGAAGCUCUGGUGAACUUUAAUUAACUGCUUUUGAUUCAACUUCAGUUUUUAUGACUUUCCAUUAUUUAAUUUACAGUUUUGAGGAAGGAGGUAAAAUGGUCAACGCGCAUACACCAUCAUCAAUGUCCCAAACUUGCAAAAACCAGUUUACCUCGCCUACCAGUGAUUCAAUGAGUAUGUCAUUCCAAAGAUCCUCUGUUUUGAGCACGAAAGAUAGAAAUGAAUAUCGAAAAGAUUUCCGUCAUGUAAGGAAUCAGGAGGUCUUUCCCUCGCAAAAACCUAUAGCAAGAAAAGGCUCAAGCGCUGUUACGAGGAGAAGAAAUAUCCAGGGAGCAUUUGUGGGCCCCAAAGGGAACAAUGCAACACUGCAUGAUAGAUAUUGUACUAGUUGCUCAGGAGAAAGUCUGAAGAAAGGAGAACUAGAAGUACUUUCGGACUACGAGGUGGUCGCUUACCACGAUCUGGAAGAAGAUAAAAAAGUUGCCCUAGGGAAGACCUCUCAGGGCUUUACUACUGUGGAGAAAAAAUUUGAUGAAUCAAAGUGUGACAAAAAAAAUAAGUCUGAAAUUGCAAAAAAAGAAUUUGAGACAAAAGGCUCCUCGUCGGGAGUAUUGGGGACUGGUGACAAAAAAAGAAAUUUUAUUCAAGCAGUAACGAACAGAGUGAUUCUUCCGAUCCGGUUACAGAAACAAACCAGUCGUUUGAAUAAAAGAGGCGAUUUGGUGGCCCACGGUGAGCGUAGUUUUACAGUUGGCGAAGACGUACUAAAAGAAGAGAAAUUCAUGGAGAAAAAUGAAGAAAAUGGUGUCUAUAAAACAGAAAAGGUGACUCCUUUGAGCGCUGGUAAGUUGCAAAAGUUGAUCAGAGAAAAAGUUCUCAGCCAAUCACAAGCUAAAAGCACGAAAGCCAAUCCCAAGACAGUGGUGCUGGCUGACUACGUGCGUACACUCCAAAUGCACAUGGGAAUCACAGACAGUGUCGUCCCAGAAAGUAAAUCACCUGACUUUAGUGCAACUCCAUUUAUAGCAACAGCAAGAAAGUUUGGAAGUGAAGAUGGCAAGGAAGAUCCUCCAACAGCGAUGCAAAGGCGGUUAGAAAUGCUGCAGGAGCAACUGGUUCGACUACCAUCGACGUUUACUUUGUUAGACGGAGACUUGGUGGAAGAUUGA